CUACUAAGAGAUCAAACUGCAAUUUAAGGAGAUUUUUGAAUCAACUUCAGUGUGUGAUCUCAUAUACUAUGAGCAUAGUUCAAAAAUGUGAGCAUAGAUUAAUUUCUUAUAGUUCUGAAAAAAAUCUCAUUUUAAUUGAUGAUAGCUGAUAAUUUUAUGGAUGUCUUAAACACAACAGAGCUCAGAAUUCAGUCCCUUUGGGGAAAUUUUUGAUUAGUCUGAAAACCAAGUGGUCUCCCCUAGUUUGAAAACAGCAAUCAGGAUGUCUGCACCUUUUCAUGCUCUCUGGAGCAAAGACUACAUACCCAUGAUUGUCUACAGGUCAGGCCAAAGCAGCUUUUUAUAUCACAUGGAGUAAGAGGUAAAUGGGUACAUGUGCAACAAUAAACCCCUAAUGUGUUUACUCUAGAACACACGUUCUCUCUGCUUAUAUGUAGAUUUUGUAGAUCUUGUCUUACCACCUGCUAAUGGUAGAUACUAUAUCUACAUAAAAUGAAGAAAAUUUAUAGUACCUAGGAAUGUGUCCUCAGUAGGCAAAUCAAUCAGUAAUGACUCCCAGUUAUUUUUAAUAAAUAUGCACGUGUGGGUACAUAAACAAUGGGAUAUUCCUGUGAAGAUCUAAAUAAUUUUAAUUCUUUGGGACUAAAUAAAAUAUACCUCUUCCCAAAUAAGCUCACACAAACACUUAUUUUAAUAGAAGUCAGAUGGCUUUGCAGAAACUUCUGUGUUACAGGUACCUUGUUUGAGAUGUUAUGGGUAUGCAAGUGGAAUUCUCUAUUAUGUGUAGUGUUAAGUUUGAGUUUUAAAAUAUCCACCUGAAAUGAUUUACUGGUACAUCAAGAUAAUUUCACUGCUCGGAAGGCACAAUAAAGCAUUCUUUGUGACACCAUAUGGCCUUGCUGAGGGAAAAACUUACUGUUAGAACUUUGUGUUUAUCGCUCUUUAAAAAAAUGAAAAAAAAAAAAAAAACUUUGAAAAUAAUGGAAACACAACUGUCCCUGGUCCCCUCCUCUAUAUUUUAUCUUUGUAAUACAAAUUUUAAAAAGUCAAGACCUUGGGCAUAUCUGUGUAGACCCUUCUUUGGAGGCAGUUUCUGUGAUUUGUAAAGCUGUAGGUUUUAUUUUCAUUGCAUUUCAUUUUGUCGCACGGCUCCUGGGCAUGCAUGAAAGUCUUCUGAAAUCGGUAAGAGGGCAGAAGAAAAUGAUUCUAAAUUUAGAUUUUUUUAACUUAAGUGAUGAAGUGUGAAACGCCAUUUAUAUUUGAGGAAGCUACCUAGUAAGUAGCUGAUGUCAAUGGCCAAAAUCAGGAGAGGGCCUGUAAAAGCCUCUGAGAGUUUUGACUGUGUAUGCCUCUCCCAUGGCUGCUCAAUAAACAGUGGUAGUAGUUUGAGAGCAGAUGGUACAGUAGUAUAGACAGGAAGUCUCUCCUCCCCAUGUGAACCGUGCACCCCUCUGAGAGGCCAGAAACAAUGCAAUACACCUGUAACGUCAGGGCACACAGCCAUGGCCAGCUCCAACUCCAACUCUGGGCUUCUUGCAGCAACAAACGUAAACACAGAGGACUGUCUCCUACUCUACUUUCUCUAUUUUUAAGACAACCUUUCGAAUACAGCAUCUGCCGUCUUUUCUUAUACUUCACUUUGAGGCAGGUGGCUCCACUGUGGCAUUUAAAAUGUUCCGUUUCUUUUCCCUCUGUAUCAAAUACCUCUUUACAAAGAAAACGUUCAAACAGCAUAGUUUUUAACUGUAUUUUAAAAGGUUUCCUUAGUUCCCUUUGACCCUUCCUCUUUUGCAUAUCAGUUCCUGGCUGUAAAAAUAAAAUAAAAAAAAAUGCUAGGACAGAAUCACACAUCUGAGCUGAUUUGCCCUCAAAAAGAAGGUUCACAGUGGAACAAACCGCAGGAGGAGUUUUCUGUGGCUCAGUUAAAUGUCGGGGGAGGGCGGUGUGAAAGCCAAAUUGGAUUCCUGCUUUCCUGUUUAAAUCUUGUUUUUCAUUGUUAUUUGUACCAGCAAUACUCUGUGGAAUAAUCAUGAAAAUGUGUAGAUUGGCAGCUAAUUUUUGAAAAAUGAAAAGAAUCAGAAAUGAAAUAAGAGUGCUCAGAAGUUUUUAUGCUCUCUCAACCUGUUUUGUCAAAUUGUUACGAAAACCUAUAAGGUCUCUUUGAGUAGAUACAAAGACUUUGCAUAUUGCCUUAGCUUUCUCUUGAGGCCUUUCCUUUUUUAAAAUACAGUGUAAUUCACAGUGAUAACAAUAGAUUUGCAAAAGUAAAAUCUACCAGUCUGAAGAUGAAAGGACUUGUCUCUUAGCAGGAAUAAUGGGUUUUAUUAAAGAGGUCUCUGACCUAAGGCAUUUUAAAUAAAUUAAAGGCUUGGUCCAUGUCCCCCCAUGUAUCUACUCCUUUCAAUAUUCAAUAUAAGCAUCAUUGAGUAUUUAAGGAAAUAACCCGAAAUGCAACUCUAGUGUAGCUUCACUUGUCAGGGAGGAAAAAGUAAAUAGCAUACCUUUGGUCAAAUAACCAGAACUUUACUGUGCUAUAGACGUUUUGUGAUACAGUUUGCCUUUAUUGCAGAGUAUUACAAAGAUCAUGUUUGGUUUGUGGCAAUAUAUAAGUAGCAUCCAUCCUCAUCUGUCGUACGUUUGGAGUGCGUGACCCCUGCACUGGGCUGUGACAUUCUGAUGGGCAAGACUGCUAGAGAGAAAGAAGCAUCACCGUCAGACUGAACUGGUUCGAGCCUCAGCCCUGUUGUUGAUUAGCUAUAUGACCCGGGGAAAGCUAUUUCUCUUAGCCUUGGUUCUCUUAUCUAUAAAAUGGAGGUGGUAAUGCAGAUGCCUUGGGUUUAAUUGGGAGAGUUAAAGACACAUUUACCUGUUUAGCAAAUAGGUGGUGAAUUUCAGCUCAACAUUGAACACUAUGCCAGGUGUUCAAAUAAGCAGAUGGACAAGACAGACAAUGCCCACGGUCUUAGGAGGUUUAACCAUUUGCCUCUUAAAAGAAACUUAGUAGGUUGCUUGGCUAAAGCCAGUGGGUACCAGUAUCCUUUGCUUUGCAGCCUUUUCCUGGGGUACUGAAAGUAUUCAAUAAAUGUUACAAAAUAUCACUGGACAAAGAAUCCUCCAUGGAGUACCAGUGGAGAAGGAAGGCAUUUGCUUAAAAACAAAUUAACAGAAAGACACUGUAAGGCAGCUGUUUAAGUUUCAGAGAACUACAAUUAUUUUAAAGCUUGAAAAAGUAUUGUGGGCUACCAACAGAUAGGUUAAUUUUGAGUGACCCUAAGUACUUUGUAGGGUAACUUUGGGAUGCUGUGUACUUAGUGGUUUUUUAACAACCGUAAAUUUGGGCUGUUAGGAAAGCAGUACAGUUGUGAUUCUUGACAGGCAUGUGCAUUUUCAUUUUUACCUCAUUUGUCUAGACUCGGCUUGUCAGAAUUAUGGAAGAGACUCCUUGUGUCACUGUGAAGAGAGGUAUUCACUGUCAGAAAGCAGAGAGGAGCUGGAGGCAGCUCAGAGGCCUGAGAUCCCCCUGCAGGGGCCCCAGCAGGCUCAGCAGAGCUCUGGCCAGACUCUCCUCUGGGGUGCUGCAGUUAGAGUGAGUUCACUUCCCAGCCAGGCUUGCCAAGGCUCCUCACCUGGAAGCAGCAACUGCCCAGGGCUGCUGGAUGUUUCUCCCCAGGACACAGCCAGGUCCCAGUCCCGCCUCAGUGUGGAAGGAGGAAAGGCAGGGUCCAGGAAGCUGUUUCAGGACAGACCUGAGGUCCCCCAGGGACACCUCGCAGGGUCAGCGGGGGCUGUAAGUCAGCACCACCCACGUGGCCUGGAAGAGGCCCCUGUGCUGUUGGCUUGCCUGGCUCCUAGUCCGGCUUCUGCUCCUCCUUUGUAAAGUUAUGGGUGUGCUAUCAGUUUCCAACUGAAACUAGGAAAGUAAGUCCUAUUUGGUCAGAAAGAGGGAGAGAAAGGAGAAGGACAGAGAGAGACUGAGAGAGAGACAGUCUCUCUCAGACAAAGGGAGACAGAGAGAGGGAGGGUGGGAGAGAAAGAGAAGGAGAUGGGAGGUGGGCAGAGGAGGAGGGAGAGAUGCAGAAGACAGAGGGAAGACAGAGAUUCGGACCUCCCAAGUCAGUGGACAAUCUGGAGUGGGAGUGGGGGGUGCCUGGUGGCUUGUGACUGCGGAGUCCGCUCCUCGCUCCUGGAGGCGCAGCCAUGGACAGCUUCUGUCACGUUGGUCCUACACUUAUCUCUGUAUCUGUUUCCCCUGGUGCAUGAUUCAGAACUGCAUGCUCCUAGAAAACAGUAAUAGCAUUCAUGUUCGUAAGAACUGUGCAGGCGAAAGGUAGUUUGCUGAUACUGUUGUAUUUUCUACUAUGGAUUCUUUUAGCUCUUGCCUGAAAUUGUUUGGAUUUCCCAGGCAAAGUAGAAAACUGUGGUCUGUUUCCGUGAAAUAAUUAUUCCUUCUGGCGUCUCCCUUUACAGACCUACUGAUUUGGGUUUUUCAUUUAGGUGAAGGUUUGUGAAACCACGCCAUUAGUUUGCUUUUGUGAUUAACUCCUUUUACUGAAGAUAACCUGAGGACAAUGGAUGCUGAUGAGGGUCAAGACAUGUCCCAAGUUUCAGGGAAGGAAAGCCCCCCUGUAAGUGAUACUCCAGAUGAGGGCGAUGAGCCCAUGCCGAUCCCCGAGGACCUCUCCACCACCUCGGGAGGACAGCAAAGCUCCAAGAGUGACAGAGUUGUGGUUACAUAUGGGGCUGAUGACUUUAGGGAUUUCCAUGCAAUAAUUCCCAAAUCUUUCUCUCCCAGUAAUGUUAAAGUAGAGACUCAGAGUGAUGAAGAGAAUGGGCGUGCCUGUGAAAUGAAUGGGGAAGAAUGUGCGGAGGAUUUACGAAUGCUUGAUGCCUCGGGAGAGAAAAUGAAUGGCUCCCACAGGGACCAAGGCAGCUCGGCUUUGUCAGGACUUGGAGGCAUUCGACUUCCUAACGGAAAACUAAAGUGUGAUAUCUGUGGGAUCAUUUGCAUCGGGCCCAAUGUGCUCAUGGUUCACAAAAGAAGCCACACUGGAGAACGGCCCUUCCAGUGCAAUCAGUGCGGGGCCUCCUUCACCCAGAAGGGCAACCUGCUGCGGCACAUCAAGCUGCAUUCCGGGGAGAAGCCCUUCAAAUGCCACCUCUGCAACUACGCCUGCCGCCGGAGGGACGCUCUCACCGGCCACCUGAGGACACACUCCGUUGGUAAACCUCACAAAUGUGGAUAUUGUGGCCGAAGCUAUAAACAGCGAAGCUCUUUAGAGGAACAUAAAGAGCGCUGCCACAACUACUUGGAAAGCAUGGGCCUUCCGGGCACGCUGUACCCAGUCAUUAAAGAAGAAACUAAUCACAGUGAGAUGGCAGAAGACCUGUGCAAGAUAGGAUCAGAGAGAUCCCUCGUGCUGGACAGACUAGCAAGUAACGUCGCCAAGCGUAAGAGCUCUAUGCCUCAGAAAUUUCUUGGGGACAAGGGCCUGUCCGACAUGCCCUACGACAGCAGCGCCAGCUACGAGAAGGAGAACGAGAUGAUGAAGUCCCACGUGAUGGACCAAGCCAUCAACAACGCCAUCAACUACCUGGGGGCCGAGUCCCUGCGCCCGCUGGUGCAGACGCCCCCGGGCGGCCCCGAGGUGGUCCCGGUCAUCAGCCCCAUGUACCAGCUGCACAAGCCGCUCGCGGAGGGCACCCCGCGCUCCAACCACUCGGCCCAGGACAGCGCCGUGGAGAACCUGCUGCUGCUCUCCAAGGCCAAGUCGGUGCCCUCGGAGCGCGAGGCGUCCCCGAGCAACAGCUGCCAAGACUCCACGGACACCGAGAGCAACAACGAGGAGCAGCGCGGCGGCCUCAUCUACCUGACCAACCACAUCGCCCCGCACGCGCGCAACGGGCUGUCGCUCAAGGAGGAGCACCGCGCCUACGACCUGCUGCGCGCCGCCUCCGAGAACUCGCAGGACGCGCUCCGCGUGGUCAGCACCAGCGGGGAGCAGAUGAAGGUGUACAAGUGCGAACACUGCCGGGUGCUCUUCCUGGAUCACGUCAUGUACACCAUCCACAUGGGCUGCCACGGCUUCCGUGAUCCUUUUGAGUGCAACAUGUGCGGCUACCACAGCCAGGACCGGUACGAGUUCUCAUCGCACAUAACGCGGGGGGAGCACCGCUUCCACAUGAGCUAAAGCCCCCCGCGCCCCCCGGGCCACCCCCAGGAGAAGCACAAGGACUGCCACCGCCUCGCUCCGCCAGCAGCAGAGACUGGACUGGACCGGAUAACGUUGUGCUUGGAUUUGUAGCUGUUUUUCGUUUUAUGUUUGAGUUGGUUGGGGUUUGAUUUGCUUUUGAAAAGAUUUUUAUUUUUAGAGGCAGGGCUGCAUUGGGAGCACCCAGAACUGCCACCUUCCUCGAUGUUUCCCCAGACUGCUGGCUGAGAUUCCCUCACCUGUUGCUUCCUAGAAUCCCCUUCUCCAAAUGACUAGUCUAAAUUUUCAGAGAGAAAUAGAUAAAACAGGCCACAGCCCGGGAAGGAACUUGCUGAUCUCCGUGCUAGUCUCCGUGCUAAGCACGGGGUUCACACGCCAGGUCUUUUCCAGUCCCCAGACACAGGGAGCACAGCCCCUGCCUGUGGCUCUGCCAGUGAGCAGAUGGACAUGACAGAUGUACCACCGCCCAAGUGCCCAUACAGCAGGGCCAACAGUCUGUGCCCAGGCCAGCUUUGGGCCACAUGCAGCUAGGUCUCAGAGGCUGCAUUUUUGAGAGAAAAUACUAUUUUAAGUCGUAUUCUGCAUAGGAAAAUGAACUGUUUGGGGAAAGCCGUGUCUAACUGCCCUGGGUGGAGGGAGAGGUCAGGCUAGGGCCUUUCAGCUCCUCCUGGAUUCACUGGCUUUGCGGAGACUGCUCAGAUGGCCUGAGCCUCCCAAGGUUUGCUGCCAGUAUAGGAGGAGCCGGUCUUCCUGUGGGCACAUCUGGGGAGCCCAGUUCCCCACUUUUUCACUCCUAUGCAUUUAAUGGCCCCCAAAGUCUAUCACUACAAUUUAAACACUGGUCCCGAAAUUUAGAUCUUCAAUAUUUUUGAACCUCUCAAACGGCAACAUUCAUCAGAAAUCAAAGCUUUAUUUCAGAUCUGUUCCUUCCCUGGCUGGUUCCACCUAAGAGCAGAAGAAGCCUCUUUUCCUGAAGAAAUCCAGUCCUAGUCCUCAUUUUAGUUAUGUGCAUCUGUUUGUAGCCACAAGCCUGAAUUUCUCAGUGUUGGUAAAUUUCUUUCCCUCUUCUCACUGUAUAUUAUUCUCAUUUUAAAGCCCAUAAAAGAGUGAUUUAGAAUGAUCAUUAAUUUUCAGCUUAAUGAAAUACGUGAAGCCCAGCAUCUCUCUUGCUAACACACAGAACUCACCUGUUUGAAAGUAAGCUUUCAAACGUGGCGAAGCCCUUUUCUGUAACGGCAAAGCAGCAUGUGUGUUCACAUAUACUGCUUUGUAGGAUGGCUGGCUCUGCACCUGUGGGAUAUUGGAAUGCACAGGGCAAUCGAGGGACUGAGCCAGACCCUUGGAUAGUAAUGCCACCAGAUCUCCCAGGAAAGAGUAGGCAGGUGGCAUUGCAGGUGAGAACCCUGCCCAUCCAUGCUAUGACAUGGAGGCACUGAAGCCCAAGAAAGGUGUGUGGAGAUUCUAAUCCCAACCAGCAAAGAUCUCCUUUAAAAUUAAUGCUAUCAUUAAGGUCAUUACUCUCAACCACCUAGGCAAUGAAGAAUAUACCAUUUCAAAUAUUUAUAGCACUUCACCAACACUGUCCCAAGAUGAAGCAACAGAGGGGAGAUUGUACAUAAGCACCUCAGCAUUUAAUCCAAACAGGGGUGCUUAGUCUCAGCACUAUGACAUUUCAGGCUGAAUACUUAUUUGUUGGGAGGAGUACGUAUCCUGUGCAUCAUAGGAUAUUUAGCAGCAUCCCUGGUCACUACCCAGUAGAUGCCGGUAGCACCCCAAAUUGACAACCCAAACUGUCUCCACGUAUCACCAACUGUUCCCUUUGAGGAGAAAUCACUCCUGUCGGAGAACCACGGACCUAAAUGAACUCUAAACCCAUCAAAGGUCUGGGAAGCCUUCCAAGAAAAAAUAAAAUAAAGCACUUGAAGAAUAUUCUCAAUAUUCCCAGUCAGCAGUAUCAAGCCUGACUUGUGAUCCUGUGGAACCAUUAUAAAUUCUAUAAAUGAAUUAUUCCCCUUCAGUCUUCAAAAACAUAUUUCCUCAUAAACAUUUGAGUUUUGUGGAAAGGAUGGAGUUAACAAAGAUAUCAUUCUUGAGUCAUGGAUUUAUCUGCUUACAGAAGGGUGUGGCAUUGGAAACUGGAAUAAACAGCAUUGCCACACCGAUGCACUGGUGAAGGAAGAGAGAGGAGCAAGGGCUUUAGACAGCACUCAUUCAAUAUGCAAUUACAGAGAAAGAUGCGCCUUAUCCAAGUUAACAUCUGUAAGGUGAGAGCCUUCUUAGGGUCUCUCUAAGAGACUCUCUUAGUUUGUUGCAAAUUUCACCUACUCUGUCCUUUUCCAUUCAUCCCACUGUGUCAAUUGGUUGAAGGGAGUUAUUUUUUCAAGUGGAAUUCAAAAAAAGCUCAAACCAGAACUGUAAAUAGUGGCUGCAGGAAUUCUUUUCUAAACUGCUUUGCCCUUUCCUCUCACUGCCUUUUAUAGCCAAUAUAAAUGUCUCUUUCCAUACCUUCUGUUGUGGUUUUAUAGUGUAACGCCAUUUUUCUUUGAAACUAUUGUAUUUAAAGUAAGGUUUCAUAUUAUGUCAGUAAGUAAUUAACUUAUGUUUGAAAGGUGGUCAUAUCAUGGACCAAAAGUUGCUGAAGUUUCUCUUCUAGCUGGUAAAAGUAGGAGUUUGCAUGACCUCACACUUUUCAUUGUGUAGUUCGUUCUGUUGUAUGAUGGCAUGAGUGUGUGUCUUGGGUACCGCUGUGUACUGCUGUGUGCCUAGAUGCCAUGCACUCUCAUUGUGUUUGAAGUAAAUAUUGGAGACAGGAGGGUUACCCAUAACAGCUUGGCCUGUUGAUUACAGCUAGAAAUCACUGUUUUUUGUUCCCUCCCGCUCCCUGCCACCCCACCUUCCCAGGAUGUGGAUAGCGUGAAUCUCAGCUCCUUGCCUCAUAUUCCUUCUGUAAUUUGUACCUAGAGAGUGUGAUUAUCCUCAUCCAAGAGUCACUAAAAAUCAUCGCAUUAUCAUUGUAUUAUCACCAAAGGAUAACUCCUAGCUCCAGUUGCUUCAGAUAGCAGCAUGUCCCAUUUCAAAUUUAGAAUUAGCCGCACAAUAAAAUCUUAGAACCUUCCUUGAGAAAGAGCUACCUGAGAGUAGAUUUGUUAUAUGGUUUCCCCUCCUGUUUUAUGCUUUUCUCUUUUUUUUUUUUUUUUGACUGCAAACUAUGAGUUUUGUCUUGUCCUUUUCUUGCCAAAACAAACACAAGAUGAACUGAACUUAUUCAGACAAAUCAUGACACCAGUGUAUCCUUCCUUUCUUCAGUUCCAGCAAUAAUGAAUGGUCAACUCUUUUAAAAUCCGUAUCUCUCUCAUUCAUUUCAAUGUAUUUUUACUUUAAGAGGAACCAAAAUUAUUAGACUUAUUUAAGACGUACAGGCAUCAGAAAAAAAGAAGCACAUAUGCUUUCGGUGCGAUGGCACUCACUGUGAACAUGUGUAACCACAUAUUAAUAUGCAAUAUUGUUUCCAAUACUUUCUAAUACACUUUUUUAUAAUGUUGUGUGUGGUGAUUGUUCAGGUCGAAUCUGUUGUAUCCAGUACAGCUUUAGAUCUUCAGCUGCCCUUCUGGCGAGUACAUGCACAGGAUUGUAAAUGAGAAAUGCAGUCAUAUUUCCAGUCUGCCUCUAUGAUGAUGUUAAAUUAUUGCUGUUUACCUGUGAGCAAGGGAUGUACCACUGGAGGGAUAGAGUAUCCUUUUGUACACAUUUUGAAAUGCUUCUUCUGUAGUGAUAGCACAAAUAAAUGCAACGAAUACUCUGUUUGCCCUAUCCCGUGAAGUCCACACUGCCAUAAGAGAAGACCCAGCAGCAGAGCAGCAAUCUGCCUAGACUUUCUCCCAGUGAGAUCCCAGUAUGAGAGGGAGAAGCGAGGGGCCUCGGGGCAGCGGCAGUACCACUUGGGAACAUGUGUGGUAUCAUGUGGCUGGCGCAGCAGUUCAGCGCAGCAGACCUCCCAUCUGCAACAGUGCUGGGCAAGGGGAUUCUAAGUCCCCGUCUUGAGAGUGGGUGAGGUUAGAGGGCAACAAGAGAUACAUUUGCAGUUCUCCACUGCAGUAUGCUGCAGGCCUUCCGUGAGUGGCCGGGCCCAGGGUGGUGGGAGCACAGAGGGCAGAGUGACCACAGUGAGUGCACCUUCAGCAUAGCCACUUUGCAGAGCCGCAAGGGCUGGGCUGGUGCUGGGAGGUUCGUCUGAGCUCCGCUGCGGAAUCUCACUACUGCAGACUCUCUGGUGAAAAUCCUUGUUCCUUUCGGAUGAAGAGCCAGAUAUCAUUUGGGUUCAGAUCCAGCCAAUCAAGUCAGGUGACUACCUUUAAUGUGGCACAACAUCGGAUCCAAACAAGACGAAACUCUAGGGAAAUAAACAGUGCAUUGGGUUUCACACUGGGGCCUGGCACCACUAGCCAAGCAGGACUUUUGAAAAUGUCUUUGCCAAGGCAGCAUCUUUAGGAGAACUUUUCAGCCUCCUUAGGUUAUCUCAUUGAGGGAUCAUGUUGUAUAUAUGUACAUGUACAUAUAAUGAUACAUUUGUUUACAGAUCUGUUCAGCCAUUUUUAUAGCUACACCUUGCAUAUUUCCCAGUGAUCACAGUACAAAAAAAUAAAGAAUAUCUACAGUUAGUUAAAAAAUAGCCUGGACUCAAACUAAGAGGGAAAAGUAGUUUAGAAGGGUGGGGGUCGGGCAAGAGCAUGAUAAAGAUGUUGAGCUAUAUUUUUGUUACACUCUAAAAUACGGGCUAGCAGCUCAAUGCCUUAGGAAGCUAGACCAGCAACGUAGUGACAUGAAAAAGAGGUUCCAAAACUCUUUUAGGAGCCACGGGUAGGAUGACAGGCUUCAUUUGUUAGUUUUCGCUAGCUUGUCUUUUACAGAAGAAUUACCCUCAACAUAGCCUUUCGACGCUGUAAAUCUUGAGUAUUCAUUUACCCUCUUCUGGUCUCCUGGAAACAGCUGCCAGCCGCAUUUCACUUCUCUUCCUGAGGAGUGGGGUAAAUUUAAAAGCCAAGCUAUAGUUUAGAUGUUACUAUAGAAUUUUGGAAUUGGAAAUUUAAAAUCAGGACGGAGGACUAGGAGACCCAAAAUUCCUGAUCUCAUUUCUGAUGAAUUUGUCACAUUUUCUGUCAAAAUAAAAUGUCUUGGAGGUUGUGA